AUGUCAACGAUCGUCCUCAUAACUGGAGCCAAUCGCGGGCUGGGGAAAGGUCUCCUUGAGAGAUACCUCAAACUUCCCAAUCACAUCGUCAUUGCAGCCAAUCGAAAUCCGGACCAUGUGACCUCCAAGGAGCUCUUCAACAUAGUUGCCGCUGAAGGCAGCAAACUGGUUGUGGUCAAAAUAGAUGGUCGCAUCUGGCAGGAUGCUUUCACCGCCGUAGACACUCUUAAAGACCACGGUAUCCAACACCUCGAUAUAGUCAUUGCCAAUGCUGGUGUCGCCUAUUGCUGGCCCACAGUUGCAGAGCUGAAGGAAGGCGACCUUGCUGCCCAUGUCGAGACCAAUACAUAUGGGGUGGCUUCAUUGUAUCAAGCAGUACGCCCACUACUGCAGAAGUCGAUUAGAGAGCCGAUAUUCGCGCCUCUAGGAACCACUGCCAGCAGUUUGACUGUUCGACUCCCAUUUCCUAAUGCUGCAUAUGGGCCGUCCAAGGCAGCGGCAGCUUGGUUGACAAUCCAGAUCAAUGACGAGGAUCAGUGGCUGCACGCGUUUGCACUAUCUCCUGGUUGGGUACACACUGACAUGGGGGACACUGGAGCGGCGGCAUUCAAUGUCGAUGAAGCGACAGUGAAAGCACUGAUGAUUGAUGUGGAUACAUCAUGCAAUGGUAUGAUGGAGGUGCUAUCCAAGACAACCAAGGCUGAGCACGGUGGAAAACUGAUAUCGUACGAUGGCUCUAUUACUUCUUGGUAA